AUGGCGUCUCCGUCGACCACCGCCACCAAUAUCAUGCUGGCGAUCUGCGAGAAGAAGACGAACUCGCUCGACCUCUACCGGCCGCUGCGCAAUUUCAUCGUCAUCAACUACUCCGAGCGCGAGGCGCAGAAUCUGGAGGACGAUCUCCAGACCCUGAAGCAGCUCCGCUCCGACGUCGAGCGUGGCGGCGAUUUGCCGUCGGCUCGGCGGGACCUCCUGCAGAGCUACUAUAAAGCCCUCUGCGCGGUGGAGUCCAGAUUCCCAAUUUCGCCCGACGAGGACCACGUCAAUACGGUGUCGUUCACUUGGUUUGACGCGUUUAAGAACAAGCAGAAGGCGACUCAGCAGAAUAUACACCUAGAAAAAGCUGCUGUAUUGUUUAAUUUGGGGGCAGUGCACAGUCAAAUGGGAUUAGGUUACGACCGAUCUUCUGUGGAUGGUAGGAGGCAGGCAUCACACUCGUUUAUAGCAGCAGCUGGAGCAUUUGCUUUUUUGAGGGAUAAUGUAGCCAUGAAAGCAUCAAUCGGAAGCUCAACAACAACAGAUGUAUCCGUGGAAUGUGUGGGAAUGUUGGAGAGGCUGAUGUUAGCUCAGGCUCAAGAAUGUGUAUAUGAGAAUACCAUUGCUAAAGGGAGCAGUCCUGGAGUGUGUUCAAAGAUUUCGAGACAGGUUGGGAUUUUCUACGAAGAAGCCCUGGCAGCCUUGAGUGUUUCCCCUUUAAACCAGCUUUUCGAGAAGGCUUGGAUUGCUCAUGUUCAGCUAAAAGCAGCCUUGUUUUAUGCAGAGGCCUGCUAUAGAUACAGUUUAGAGCUACAUGAUAAAGAAGAAAUUGCUGAGGAAGUCGCACGCUUGAAAAGUGGGGUUAGUGCCUUGUCUGAUGCCAAAAAGUCAUCUCCUAGAGGUGCAGCUCAGCAACUCUUGGAUGCAAUAAAUAAAUUGGAAGCUAAUAUGAAUCGUAACCUGGAGAGGGCCGUGAAGGAGAAUGACAGAGUUUACCUAAUGAGAGUACCUUCGGCCAGUUCUUUAGCACCACUUCCCACUUUUUCCAUGGUUAAGCCUAUGCCGAUGAACGAGGUGUUGGAUGCUAGCAGGGAAAAGUUGUUUGCAAGUCUUGUUCCUGAUAAUAGUGCAAAAGCACUUUCUAGGUACACUGAGAUGCUAGAUGACAUCAUUAGGACCCAGGCUGAGAAGUUGCAGCAGGGAAGUGAAUUAGCACGAGUGAGUCUGAAGGAAAUGGAUUUGCCUGAUUCUAUUCUUGCUUUGGAAGGGAACUACUCUUUGCCAACAUCUCUAAAAGAAGAUGUAGAGGCGGUUCAGAUAUGUGGGGGCCCUGCUGGUUUAGAAGGUGAGCUUCAGCAGUUGAAAGACUUAAGGAGGGUCAACCAUGAGAUGUUGGUACAGGUUGAGGAGCAGAUACAGAAAGAGGCAAUUGAUGACUCACAGUUUAGAAAUCAGUUUGGAACUCGGUGGACAAGGCCACAAUCAAGUACAUUGACAAAAAACUUACAGGACAGUUUAAAUAGGUUUGCCGCUAAUCUGAAGCAAGCUGCAGAAAGUGAUGCUCGAAUUGAGAGAUCUGUGAGAGAACAUUCAGCACUUAUGUCAAUCCUUGACGUCCGUCCCAUCGAGUCUGCUCUGCCAACACUUGCUAAGCCAAUUAUGUCUCUGGAUGCAAAUGAAGAUGCUACAGUAGGAGGCCUGAAGCAGAGCUUGAGGCAAUUGGAGAUGCUUGGUGCUCAGAGAGCAGGCCUUGAAGACAUGUUGAAAGAGAUGAAGAGGAAGGAUGAUAUACUGCCCAAGCUGAUGACCUUUACUGGUUCCCAUGAGGAUCUUUUUAGAAAGGAGAUAUCGAAGUAUGACAAAAUUUGUGAGGAGAUUGCUCAGAACCUAGAAGUACAAGACCAACUGUUAAUGCAUAUUCAGGCUCAAAACGAUGAGUUUGCUGCUAUCUUUAACCUUGAAGAUUAUAAAGCAUCUCGGGAAAAGGGUUAUAGGCAAAUUGAAGCUGCUGUAGCUAAAUAUCGAGAAAUCAAGGACAACAUUAAUGAAGGACUGAAGUUUUAUGUUACGCUUCAGGAUGCUAUCACGACAGUGAAGCAACAGUGCAGUGAUUUCGUGAUGACCCGAAACAUCCAAUGCCGGGAGAUGAUUGAAGAUGUCCAGAGGCAAAUAUCGGGCCUUAGUUUCCAGAACAGCAAAACCAAUUCCGGCUACUCCUUUCCUCCCACUGGGCAGCCUCAUCAGGCCCAAAGGCCCCAUCCUCAACCUCAACAGGGACCAAUGAGCUUGCCCACGACCCCCAAUUACCAGCCGCCACCUCAGCAAUCCUCAAUGCCCACAUAUGCUCAAACCCCCCAACCCUAUCAUUCACCUGCUUCAAAUCCUUACCCACCUCCACAAAACCAGCAGCCUGCUGUGGGCCAUGAUUAUGGUCAACCUCCAUAUUCGGGCUGGCAAGGCCCGUACUACAAUGGGCCUCCUCAGCAACCGGGCCCAUACACUGUUCCAUCUCCAUACCCUCCACCUUCCCACCCGAGUGGCUACUACGGACAAUAA